UCGCCUUAUACUGAACAGAUCCUGACAGCGAGACAAUUUUAGAAAAUCUACAUACCUACGAUGUCUGGACGCGGCAAACAAGGUGGCAAGGCUCGCGCCAAGGCCAAGACCCGCUCCUCCCGGGCCGGCCUGCAGUUCCCCGUGGGUCGCGUGCACCGGCUGCUCCGCAAGGGCAACUACUCGGAGCGCGUGGGCGCCGGCGCCCCGGUGUACCUGGCGGCCGUGCUGGAGUACUUGACGGCCGAGAUCCUGGAGCUGGCGGGCAACGCGGCCCGCGACAACAAGAAGACGCGCAUCAUCCCGCGCCACCUGCAGCUGGCCAUCCGCAACGACGAGGAGCUCAACAAGCUGCUGGGCCGCGUCACCAUCGCGCAGGGCGGCGUCCUGCCCAACAUCCAGGCCGUGCUGCUGCCCAAGAAGACCGAGAGCCACCACAAGGCCAAGGGGAAGUAAGCCAGUGAGCAAGUCAUCCUUUUAAAUCACAAAGGCUCUUUUCAGAGCCACUA